CACAAUAUUAACGGAAGGAUUUAGUUUUUUUGCUACUUUUGUUUUUUUCAUCUUGAACGAAACUUGAUCUACCUCUUGUGAGACUACCACCCCUUUGUUCUCCCCAUAUUCAGACAUCAAGUUAGAAAAGAAAAAUGGAUUCCGACGCAACUAGUAGAUUUGUGCCCGAAUACCGCCGUACCAAUUUUAAAAAUAAAGGACGUUUCCAAAGUGAUGAAUUAAGAAGAAGAAGAGAAACUCAUCAAGUUGACUUGAGAAAGCAGAAAAGAGAAGAAGUCUUGGCCAAGAGAAGAAACUUUGCCGCUGCUCCAGCCGGUAACGAUUCUGAAGAUGAAGACGACCUCUCCUUAGGAGUUGAUUCUGAAAGUAAUAACAUUGAAGAAAACCAAUUCUAUAAUGACUUACAACAAGAAUUACCUCGUAUGAUGGAAAUGAUUCAAGCUCCAGAUUUCGACACUCAAUUGUCUGCUACUGUGAAAUUCCGUCAAAUAUUAUCUAGAGAACAUAACCCUCCAAUUAAUUUGGUCAUUCAAUGUGGUGUUAUUCCAACUUUGGUUGAUUUCAUGGGUCCAAAUCACUCUGAAAUCUUGCAAUUGGAAGCUGCUUGGGCAUUAACAAACAUUGCCUCUGGUAACUCCGACCAAACUAGAGUUGUGGUUGAAUCUCAAGCCGUUCCUCUUUUCGUUCAAUUGUUGUACUCUCAAUCCCUUGAAGUUAAGGAACAAGCCAUUUGGGCCUUGGGUAACGUUGCUGGUGACUCUUCGCAAUACCGUGACUACGUCUUGUCCUGUGGUGCCAUGGCCCCAGUACUUCUGCUUUUCAACAGCACCAAAAUGCUGUUGAUCCGUACCGCCACUUGGACUUUAUCCAACUUGUGUCGUGGUAAGACUCCACAACCUGAUUGGCAAUUGGUUCAACAAGCCAUUCCAACUUUGGCUAAGUUGAUCUACUCUAUCGAUCUGGAAACUUUGGUUGACGCUUGUUGGGCCAUUUCCUACUUAUCUGAUGGUCCUACUGAAGCCAUCCAAGCAGUUGUUGAUGCUAGAAUCCCUAGAAGACUUGUUGAACUCUUGGGACAUGAAUCUAACCUCAUUCAAACCCCUGCUUUGCGUGCUAUUGGUAACAUUGUCACUGGUAAUGAUGUACAAACUCAAGUUGUUAUUAAUGCUGGUGUCUUGAACGCAUUGUCUCCAUUGUUAAACUCUCCAAAGGAAACCAUCCGUAAAGAAGCUUGUUGGACUAUUUCUAACAUCACUGCCGGUAAUGCUGAUCAAAUUCAAGCUGUCAUUGAUUCUAACUUGAUCCCACAAAUAAUCCGUUUAUUGAGCAGUGGUGACUAUAAGACCAAGAAGGAAGCUUGUUGGGCUAUUUCUAACGCAUCUUCCGGUGCCUUGACCAAGCCAGAUCAAAUCCGUUACUUGGUUAACCAAGGUUGUAUUAAGCCUUUGUGUGAUUUGCUCUCUAUUGCUGACCCAAAGAUCAUUGAAGUUACUUUGGAUGCCUUGGAAAACAUUUUAAGAAUGGGUGAUUUGGAUAAGGAAUCUCGUGGAGCUAGUACUAAUGAAAACUCUUUAUUCAUUGAAGAAGCUGGUGGUAUGGAAAAGAUUGCUGAAUGUCAAAACAGUGAAAACGAAAAAAUUUACCAAAAGGCAUACAAUAUCAUUUCCAAGUACUUUUCUGAUGAAGAUGACGAUCUUGAUGACCAAGGAUUGGCUCCACAAGCCUAUGGUGAUGCAUUUGCCUUUGGUGUGGACCAAAACCAACAACAAAACUUUAACUUUUAAUCACUUUCCAUCCAUCCAUUCUUUUCUUUAUUAUGUUAUUUAUUAAUAAUUUCUCUAAUUUCUCAUCAUCUCUACACAUCUCUCAUUUCAUAUAUACACUUAUCUCAUACCUGCGGUUGACCGCGCUCUGCAUCUCUCAAUACACAUCUCUAUUUGAA